AGAGGGAGAUAAUUACUGCCACCUGUGAGGAUUACUAAGCCAGCAUGGCGCACGCCGCCUCGCAGCUGAAGAAGAAGGCGGACGAGAACCUGGUGGCCGCCGAGGAGGAGAAGGAGAAGGAGAGGAAGAGAGCCAAGAGACGCCUGCGAGAUGUCAGGAAGAAGCCUGACGUCAACGCCUGCUACCUGCGAGCGGCCCGCGCCGGCAACUUGGAGAAGGCGCUGGACUACCUGAAGAAUGGAGUGGACAUCAACAUCUGCAACCAGAACGGCCUCAACGCCCUGCACCUGGCCUCCAAGGAGGGUCACCUGGAGGUGGUGGCGGAGCUCCUGCGGCGGGGCGCCAACGUGGACGCCGCCACCAAGAAAGGCAACACGGCGUUGCACAUCGCGGCGCUGGCGGGCCAGAUGGACGUGGUGAAGGAGCUCGUCGCGCACCACGGGAACAUCAACGCGCAGUCACAGAAUGGCUUCACGCCGUUGUACAUGGCGGCGCAGGAGAACCACCUGGAGGUGGUCCAGUACCUGUUGGACCACGGUUCCAGUCAGAGCAUCGCCACUGAGGACGGCUUCACCCCGCUGGCGGUGGCGCUGCAGCAGGGCCACGACCAGGUGGUGUCGCUGCUCCUGGAGAACGACACCAAGGGCAAGGUCCGCCUGCCGGCGCUGCACAUCGCCGCCAGGAAAGACGACACCAAGGCCGCCGCCCUCCUGCUGCAGAGCGAGCACAACGCCGACGUGGAGUCCAAGAUGAUGGUGAAUAGGACCACGGAGAGCGGCUUCACCCCUCUACACAUCGCCGCUCACUACGGGAACAUCAACGUGGCAACUCUGCUGCUCAACAGAGGAGCCGCCGUCGACUUCAAGGCACGGAAUGACAUCACACCGCUGCACGUGGCCUCCAAGCGUGGGAAUGGCAACAUGGUGAGACUUCUGCUGGAGAGAGGAGCCAAGAUAGAAGCACGCACCAAGGACGGUCUGACUCCGCUGCACUGCGGUGCCAGGAGUGGACACGAGCAGGUGGUGGAGAUGCUGCUGAACCGAGGCGCACCCAUCCUCUCCAAGACCAAGAACGGCCUCUCCCCGCUGCACAUGGCCACGCAGGGCGACCACCUCAACUGUGUGACGCUGCUGCUGCACCACGAGGCGCCCGUGGACGACGUGACCAACGACUACUUGACGGCGCUGCACGUGGCCGCCCACUGCGGACACUACAAGGUGGCCAAGGUCAUCGUGGACAAGAAGGCCAACCCCAACGCCAAGGCCCUGAAUGGUUUCACUCCGCUGCACAUCGCCUGCAAGAAGAACCGAGUCAAGGUGAUGGAGCUCCUCCUCAAGCAUGGAGCCUCCAUCCAGGCCGUCACUGAGUCCGGCCUGACUCCGAUCCACGUGGCGGCCUUCAUGGGCCACGAGAACAUGGUCCACCAGCUCAUCAACCACGGCGCCUCACCCAACACCAGCAACGUGAGAGGCGAGACUGCUCUCCACAUGGCUGCAAGGGCGGGCCAGUCUAAUGUGGUCCGAUAUUUGGUCCAGAACGGUGCGCGGGUGGAUGCCAAGGCCAAGGACGAGCAGACGCCGCUGCACAUCGCCAGUCGUCUUGGCAAACAGGACAUCGUCCAGCUGUUGCUGACCAAAGGGGCGUGUCCUGACACCACCACCAGCUCGGGCUACACCCCCCUGCACCUGGCCGCCCGGGAGGCUCACCGGGAGGUGGCGGCGGCGCUGCUGGACCACGGAGCCAACCUGGGCAUCACCACCAAGAAGGGCUUCACUCCUCUUCACGUGGCAGCAAAGUACGGCAAGUUGGACGUGGCCAACCUUCUCCUGCAGAAGAACGCUGCGCCGGAUGCUGCCGGGAAGAGUGGACUGACUCCCCUCCACGUGGCGGCGCACUACGACAACCAGAAGGUGGCGCUGUUGCUGCUGAAGCAGGGGGCGUCGCCACACGCUGCCGCCAAGAAUGGCUACACGCCGCUGCACAUCGCCUGCAAGAAGAACCAGAUGGAGAUCGCCACCACGCUGCUGGAGUACGGCGCCUCCACCAACAGCGUGACGCGGCAGGGCAUCACGCCGCUGCACCUGGCCGCCCAGGAGGGUCACGUGGACCUGGUCACGCUGCUGCUGGCGCGCGACGCCGCCGUCAACGCCGCCAACAAGCACGGCCUGACGCCGCUCCACCUGGCAGCCCAGGAGGACAAGGUCAACGUGGCCGAGGUCCUGGUCAACCACGGAGCCACACCCGACCCUGAGACCAAGCUGGGCUACACCCCCUUGCACGUGGCCUGUCACUAUGGCAACCUGAAGAUGGUCAACUUCCUGCUGAAAAACCAGGCCAAGGUCAACCCAAAGACCAAGAACGGCUACACACCUCUUCACCAGGCCGCUCAGCAAGGACACACACACAUCAUCAACCUGCUGCUGCAUCACGGGGCCUCACCCAACGAACUCACCACGAACGGGAACAGUGCUCUGUCCAUCGCCAGGAGGCUGGGCUACAUCUCAGUGGUGGACACACUCAAGGUGGUCACAGAGGAGACGCUCACCACUCAGACGGUGACAGAGAAACACAAGAUGAAUGUUCCGGAGACCAUGAACGAGGUGUUGGACAUGUCUGAUGAUGACGUCUGUAAAGUUCCUGAGGACUAUUUGUCUGAUGUGGAUGAUGAAGAGGUGCAUUGUGGGAAUGUCUGCAUCAACUACUGCUGUGAGGACGCCAUGACGGGGGACACGGACAAGUACCUGGCCCCCCAGGACCUGCGGGAGCUGGGCGACGACUCUCUGCCCCAGGAGGGCUACUUGGGCUUCAGUGUGGGCGCUCGCUCGCAGAGCCUGCGUUCCUUCAGUUCUGAUAGGUCCAACACUCUGAACCGCAGCUCCUUCACGCGGGACAGCAUGAUGAUCGAGGAGAUGUUGGCACCCAGCCGGGACUUGAUGCUGUGUAAGGAAAGGUCAUUGAGGGUAGAAGACCACAACAAGCACCUGGCGGCGGCCAAAGACCAGGACCAGGACUCCUUGAGGAGGUACAGCUGGACUCCAGAGACCAUGGACAACAUCCACAUGGUCUCCUCACCUGUCCACUCUGGUUUUUCCUCUCCGCUCCCGCAGUACGACGGCAGGUUCCUGGUCAGCUUCAUGGUGGACGCCCGGGGCGGCUCCAUGCGGGGGAGUCGCCACAACGGCAUGCGCAUCAUCAUCCCGCCCAGGAAGUGCACGGCGCCCACGCGCAUCACCUGUCGCCUGGUCAAGCGCCACAAGCUGGCGUCGCCGCCCCCCAUGGUGGAGGGGGAGGGCCCGGCCAGCCGGCUGGUGGAGGUGGGCCCGGCCGGCGCUCACUUCCUGGGGCCCGUGAUAGUGGAGAUCCCCCACUUUGGCUCCAUGCGGGGGCAGGAGCGAGAACUCGUCCUACUGCGGAGCGAGAACGGAGAAGCCUGGAAGGAGCACCUGUACGACUGUAAGACCGAGGACCUGCGCCAGCUCCUCAACGGCAUGGAUGAAGAACUGGACAAUACGGAGGAGCUGCAGAAGAAGAGGAUCUGCCGCAUCAUCACCAAGGACUUCCCCCAGUACUUUGCCGUGGUGUCUCGGAUUCGGCAGGAAACCAAUCAGAUGGGUCCUGAGGGCGGGACGCUCUGCAGCCGGAGUGUCCCGUUGGUACAGGCCUCCUUCCCUGAGGGGGCGUUAACCAAAAAGAUCAAGGUUGGGCUGCAGGCCCAGCCUGUACCAGACGACACCGUGAAAAAAAUCCUGGGUAACCGAGCCACCUUCAGCCCAAUUGUGACGGUGGAGCCCAGAAGGAGGAAGUUCCAUAAGCCCAUCACCAUGACGAUUCCGGUCCCACCCCUCUCAGGGGAGGGUCUUUCCAACGGGUACAAAGGAGACUGCACUCCAUGCCUACGCCUUCUUUGCAGUAUCACAGGCGGUACUUCGCCGGCACAAUGGGAGGACAUCACAGGCACGACCCCGCUCACCUUCGUCAACGACUGCGUCUCCUUCACGACCAACGUCUCGGCCAGGUUCUGGCUAGCGGACUGCCACCAGGUCCCGGAGACGGUGGGUUUGGCCUCGCAGCUGUACAGGGAGCUGAUCUGCGUGCCCUACAUGGCCAAGUUUGUGGUCUUUGCCAAGAUGAACGACUCGCUGGAGUCCCGGCUGAGGUGUUUCUGUAUGACGGACGACAAGGUGGACAAGACCCUGGAACAGCAGGAGAACUUUGAGGAGGUUGCCAGGAGCAAAGACAUCGAGGUUCUAGAAGGUCGGCCCAUUUACGUGGAUUGUUACGGCAACCUGGCUCCUCUGACCAAAACUGGUCAGCAGUUAGUUCUCAACUUCUACGCCUUCAAGGAGAACCGGUUGCCCUUUUGCGUCAAGAUUCGAGACCCCAGCCAGGAGGCGUGCGGGCGUCUGAGCUUCCUGAAGGAGGUGAAGGGCGCCAAAGGCCUCCCGCAGACGGCGGUGUGCAACCUGAACAUCACGCUGCCCGCCGCCAGAAAGGAAAUGGAGUCAGAUGGCGAGGAAGAGACUGAAAAGCCCGAGCGACGUCAUACCUUUGCAUCUCUAGCCUUACGUAAGCGCUACAGCUAUCUGGCCGAGCCUGCACUGAAAACAGAAGUUGAGCGAAGCGCACCAGCAAGAACACUGCCUGCUGGUCACCCUCACAAACCUGUCUUUCCAACCAGACCUUACCCACCAUGGUCGACUGCUCCUCUUACCGUCCCUGGCCAAGCAAGGCUCGGCGGAGUGGGGGGUUCCGUCACCACUGCCGAUUCACCGGCCGGCUCAGCAGCUUCUUCUCCACUGAAAUCUCCCUGGCCCUUUUCCCCAUCACCUGCAUGUUCUGCACCUAUUAGAUCCACCAUGGGAUCGCCACUUCAAGCACCUAGCCUGUCCUCCUCUCCAGUCAGUGACAAAGUGCCCUCAUCCCCCGUGAGAUCUUACAGGACUAUGCCAUCACCCAUUAAAACAGUUGUCCAGCAGGGUCAGUAUCCAGUUCAAGCCUCUGCCAGCUUGGUGUCCUCUGGAAGUCCAUGUAAACCUGCUACAGAGCCUGCAUCUAUUAGAAGUUUUUCUUCGGCAUACACGUCAAGGACCUCCCCAGUUCACUCAAUAGCCAACGGUUACGUGCCAGAUAAGUUGUCUUCACAUUCAGCUCCAGUAUCACCAAAGACACCAUAUAACAUCUACAGUUCUUUUAAGAUAGAUCCAGGAGCACCAAAUCCUGCCUCCGCCAAAAGCAUCUCCAGCCUGUCCUCUUUGAAAACCUCUUCUGAUUCCACCCUUUCCCCGCGAGGGGGGAAGUCCACCCUAUCGUCGCUCUCCUCCACUGGAAGGACAACCAUUGCUUCAUCAGAAUUGUCCAUGAGGAACGGAAACGCCUCACCUGUAAAAUAUCCAUCGUCCUCGUCCACGCCCUCUUCACCUUCUUCUCGGCUUCUGUCAGAGAGGAGUAGUAGCCUUCAGGAGAGGAUCCAAGCCACGACGCAGGCAGCAACGUCUGGCAUCAGCGCCGCCAUAAACGAAGCCAUUGACUCGUACUCUGUGUCGGGCUACGGCACUCUCAAAUCGCUGUCUUCCCCUCGUAGAACUGCCACAGCAAGCUCUGCUUACGGUUCUCUGAGAUCUGAAGCGUCCCCCACAGGCCCUACGGUUUCUUCGAAUACAGUCACUGUCCCUGUUUAUUCAUUGCUUAAUGUCAUGGUAGACACCCCUGUCAAACCAGGGCCUGGGUCUCUCAAAAUGUCAUUCCCCAAUUCCCCUCGAGCCCCGCCCUCUUCCUCUAUGUCUUCCUGCGUUACGACCUCAAAAAUCAACUCCCAAUUAAAAUCGCCUCCUUUCAUCACUCCUCCCAUUGUCCUUUCCGCAGCUUCCAACCAGGAGAUACUGAAAGAUGUAGCUGACAUGAAGGAGGACCUCAUGAGGAUGACGGCUAUCUUACAGACAAACACGCAGACGGCAGCUAAAACUGUCCAAACGUCUCUCACGAGCACUCCUCAAGAGACCAAGUUAGAUGACGAUGAGCCGUAUACGCUUGUGGAGAAAGUGAAAAAGGAUUUAGUGAAAGUCAGUGAGAUUUUACAGAAGGACAUUGUGAGGGAAAGGAAGUCUAUAGAGAGAGUAGAAGAGGAGGAGGGCUGGGAGGAAUUUUCUAUAGAUGAGCUUGAGGAAGCCCAAAGAAGCGUAGUCUCUUAUGAGGACGCGCGUCUUCGUAAGCCGCAGUCAAAUAAUGAGCUGGAAUUGGCUAAAGUGGUCGACUUUCUAACUAACGACAUUGGCGCUAGUUCUCUCUCUAAAAUGGCAGAAGUGAGAAGUAGGUAUGAGGAGGAGGUGAAAGGGGAAGGGGAGGAAAAACAAAAGCGUGUCCUCAAACCAUCCAUGACAAUACAGGAGCAUAAACUGAAAAUGCCUCCCCCAGUCUCAGGCAUGCUCAGAUCUCCAUCAGAGAAAGACCUAAGCAAGCUUGCUGAGUCAUAUCAGGGGGCAGACACUAUUCUUGAAUCACCAGAGGAGCUGUCUCACGAGCAGGACAAGAGUCCUCUGUCUGACAGCGGCUUUGAGACCAGGAGCGAAAAGACCCCUUCUGCUCCCCAGAGUGCAGAAAGCACAGACCCCAAGCCUUUAUUCACAGAUGUUCCUAUCCCCCCAAGUGUCCCCGAAAGCAGGUCUGACGUGGUCGACAUUCAAAGUUACGAGCACCCUUUUGAUGAGCCGCUUCUCAUGGAGGAAGCUGUGUCUGAUUUUCCGUCAACAAGCUCAGCCUCGGCCGUUCAGAUGAAAGUUCCUGAGGAGGACUCAAUGAGCAUGUGUGUAAAAGAGGAAACUCAGAUUACUACUACAACUAGAAUGGUCUAUCACAAACCUCAGAUCACUGAGGGCGCCGUGGGUAUCGAGGAAGGCAUGUCAGUUCGAGACAUCAUGAAAGCCUUCCAGUCUGGUAGGGACCCAUCCAAGGAACUUGCAGGGCGUUUUGAACACAAAGCUAGCCAGGACUCUGUCAAAGGUGACGAGCUAUCUCCGCGGUUCCUUGACAGAGACACUAAAUCCAAACCCAAAGUAGAAAGGAUAAUUGAGGUUCAUAUUGAGAAGGGCCAUGGCACCGCAGAGCCAACUGAGGUUUUUAUCAGGGAAACUAAGAAACACCCCGAGAUGUAUGUCUACAAAAGGGACAGGAGCAUCAAGGAACUGCUUGAUUACGACGAGAACCAACAGGAAGAGGAGGAGCUUAUUGUCGAAGAAUCCUUGCCUCUUUUCCUGGAAACAUCCCGCGUUAACACCCCAGUGUCCCAGGAGGACGACAGUCGCCCAAGUUCUGCUCAGCUGAUGGCAGAUGAUUCAUACAAAGCCCUGAAACUGCUCAGUCAGCAUUCCAUAGAAUACUGCGAUGAUGAGCUAUCAGAGAUCAGGGGGGAGUCUUACGAAUUUGCUGAGAAAAUGCUCCUCUCAGAUAAACUUGACCCAGCGUCAACAUGUCACUCAGACACAGAAGAUUCUGCAAUGAUGGCUGACAAAGACUUAACAUCCGAUGACAUAAAUCAGCAGUAUGCUAGCCCUAAAAGAUCAAAGGAUGGUUCUCAAAAACAGGGCGCAUUUUUGCACAGAGAUGAAGCGCCGCAGUUUGAUAAAGUUACAGUGCUCCAUUAUUCAACAGAACCGGGUAGUCCCAAGCGUGCUGUUUGGAUGAGAUUUACAGAGGACAAACAUGACAGAAGCAGGGACAAGCUCCUCUAUGAGGAUCGAGUAGACCAAUCUGUGAAAGAGGCGGAAGAAAAGCUCUGUGAGGUUUCCCAAUUUUUCCGUGAGAAAACAGAAAAGCUCAAUGAUGAGCUUCAGUCACCUGAGAAAAAGCCUGUGAGGCGACAAUUAAAAGAACCGAGGUCCUGGCCCACUUCAGCUUGCAGCAGUCCGCAGAAAACUAAGGCAGGCGAGGAGGGAGUCUAUAAAAGCAAACUCAGGGAGCCUUCUGUCUCUAGAACAUUUGACAGCAUUCAACCAGCUGAAAAGAAAAGCUCCAGCUUGCCAAGCAGUCCUCAUAAAAGCGAUACAAUUAAACAACAAACUAGGAUCAGUGAAUCUGAACCUUCCUCUCCUGCCCACAUAGCAUCAACGUCCAAAGUCAGCUCUGUAAGGUUGAAGUAUGAAUCUGAAUCUCAGAGAAAAGGUCAGUCCAGUCCAACCAAAAUCCCCCCCCCAGUUCAGCCAAAACCUUCUAUUAAGUCGUUACAAGAGAGCAAACUCCCUGUUUACCAAUUUUUAGCUGACAGAAAAGCAUCUAAAGUUAGUGAAACGUCUCAAGAGGAAAGCUCCUAUAGUAGUAAUGAUAAUAAAUGUGACAAAGCUGAUUCAAUAUCAGCUCAUUCCCCAAAACACAGUGGUGAUACUUUAGUGAACAGAAAUCUCCCAAAUCUCUCACUGCAGAGACAAAGUAGCGUCGUCGGGCCUGAGAAAGCCACCAGUAAAGUCAAAGAUGCUCAUUGUAUCAUCACUCAGGAAGUUAACGUUGGCAGUAAUAUCCCUGAGAAAGAGAAGCAUGUUCAAACAUAUCAAGCAGCUGAUUUUUCAAGAAAAGAUGGUGAGGAAAUAACAAAUAAAAAUGUCAGAAAACAAUCAGACUCACACAUUCCUGUAAGAACAGCAACCAGUUUUAAUGAUAAUGACCUCCCAAAGACGCAUUCUGUUACAAAACCCUCACAGAUACCUACGCUAUCUAAAAGUAAAAGCCUUGAAAAGACCUCAGCGAAAACAAACAAAACUUUUGAAAUUCUUGAUAACACUCCUAAAGAUUCCAACUCCAAUAACUUGGUCAGUUCAAAAGACAUUCUGGAGAAGGUAAUUACCCCUCCGGCUGAUGCAGCAACCAAAGAGAACUUUAGGGGCAUGAAAACGUUGCCUGUUUACGUCAGCCUCCAGGUGGGCCGUCAGGCUGAGCGGGAAGCCAAAGGGGCGCUGCAUGCCAUCAAACAGGACUCGGCGCUUCCCAUAAGCCCAGAUGACGACACACUAGAACAGAUCUCUUUCAUAGAUAGCUCAGGGAAAAGCCCCCUCACGCCAGAGACCCCAAGCUCUGAGGAGGUCAGCUAUGACCUCACCGCCAGGACCCCCGAUGGCUUCAUGGCAUUAGUGACAGGUCAACCGAGCCCCAUCAUGGAGGUAUCUGAAGAAUUAGAAGAUGACGAGCAAGGCAGAGACAUUUUUUACUUUAAAGAUGCCCCAACCGAACGCAAAACUCAAGCGGACCUUGUUAAUGCUAACAUGCUAGAAACUAAAAUGACUGAUAACUAUCAAAGAUUAGAAAAUAUAUCCAUCCUGCAAGAAAACACAAUCAACGGCUAUGAUGAAAAAACAGUUCGGGAUGUCUCAAAAGACAAAGGGGUGGCAUACAUCGAAUUCCCCCCUCCCCCUCCUUUAGAUCUCUCGGAAACGUCUGAUCCAGACAGGAAAGGUUCUUGGGCUUCAUCAGAAACUGAAACAGAAAUGAUGGAAGUGAAUUUACAGGAGGAACAUGGCAAGAAGAUGCUGACUGAGCCAAUAAUACGUAUUCAGCCUCCUUCGCCAGUGCCCCCUGAGGUAGAUGAUAGUCAGUCAAAUGGGGAAGACGAUGAUGAAGAGUCAAUCUUCCAUUCGAUUCCCAGAAAGAAGUUUACCUUCAAUGCUCCCGGGGAGGAAGAAGAGAGUAGGGAGAAAUGUAAUAAACAAGACAAAAAUGGAAACAUCAAUGACCCUGUGGUUGGAACCAAUGGCUUUAAUGACACCAAUGGUUCUAACGGCAAGGGAGAGGACUAUGAUUCUGAACAAAAUGGAAAUGACCAGUCCAUUACGGACUGUUCACUCGCCACAACAGCUGAAUUUUCCCAUGACACUGAUGCCACAGAGAUAGACUCAUUAGAUGGAUAUGAUCUCCAAGACGAGGAUGAUGGUCUGUACGUACAAGCUGAUUUAAAGUCACUAGGAACCCCUGAUAGCAGGCGAGAUGUCUGGGCGCCCGACACAUUUAGAUCUAUAGAGCGUUCUUUUCCUCAGACUAAACUUGAAGUUAUUGAAGAGGAGAAAACUCCCGAAGAAUGUCCAAAGGACCAGAGAGACAUUUCUUUCGAUGGUGAAAGACCGAAUAAUGGUCCUGAAAUCAACCAACAGAAACAUUCAGCUAAAGAAGGUUUUACAAAUGCCUACUUUAGUUAUAAGUUAGAAGAGGAGUUUAAUUCUCCUUUUAAGACGGUUGCCACUAAAGGCCUGGACUUUGACCCCUGGCCCAGCAAAGGCAGUGAAGAAGACGUUGUCGACAUGGAAGGCACGCAGGAAGGCAAUGGCGAGCCUAAGCCUUUUGGGCUGGCAGUCGACGACCAGUCUCAGGCCACCACGCCAGACACCAGCCUGGCCCGAACGCCCACUGACGAUAGCACACCCACGAGCGAGCCAAAUCCCUUCCCAUUCCACGAGGGAAAGAUGUUUGAGAUGACACGCAGUGGUGCGAUUGACAUGAGCAAGAGGGACAUGGUGGAGGAGAGGCUCCAGUUUUUUCAGAUUGGUCCUCAGAGUCCCUGCGAGAGGACAGACCUCCGCAUGGCCAUAGUCGCAGACCACCUGGGACUCAGCUGGACCGAGCUGGCCCGGGAGUUGGACUUCUCGGUGGAGGAGAUCAAUCUGAUCCGGGUGGAGAACCCAGACUCCCUGACUGGGCAGAGCUUCACGCUGCUCAAGCGUUGGGUGCACAGAGACGCUCAACACGCCACAACGGACAUUUUAACGGCGGUGCUGAAUAAGAUCAAUCGCUUGGAUAUUGUGACUUUGCUGGAAGGGCCCAUAUUUGACUACGGUAACAUUUCAGGCACACGCUGCUUUGCCGAUGAUAUCGCAGUAUUCCCGGAUCAGUCCGAUGGGUACCACAAUGUAGACCUGGAGCUGCGCCUGAGCUCCGCACCCCCGACCCCCGACGACUCGUUCGGCGAGGGCGGCGCCCGCGUAGCCGUAGUAGCCCCCCCGAGCCCCACCGCCCUCCCCCGGCCUAGCGACCUCUCCCUGGCCCGGACCACCGGCGGGACCCAGACCCUGGCACAGGCACAGGCACAGGCACAGCCCCCCGUAGCACGGGCGGAGGACAGCGGCUUGACGUCCGGCGAGAGCGGCACGUCCGGCGAGUGGGCCGACAACGACAGGCGGGCGGCUCAGCAGCGCAGCGCCAAGAUCGAGUUUGAGGGCGCCUACGCCUCGGACCCAGAGACCCGUGACGCCAGGAUGGAGGAGGAGGAGGAGGAGGAGGAGAUGACGGAGGAGAGGCUGAGGAGUCUCUUGGAGGACAUCAAGUUGGAGGAGGAAGGCCUGGAGGACGAGGAGAUGACGGAGGAGAAGUUGGACGCCAUCCUUCAGCGAGUCCGACAGGCAGAAAAAGAUUUGUCUUCACUUCCAGGCUGGAGCGGCGACGCCGCCGUGGUGGACCCCGCCCCCUCUGACCUCGGCCCCGCCUCCCAGGAGGGCAGCCCCGACUCGCUGGAGCAGCCGCCGCCUCGCCAGGACCAGGAGGAGGCGGAGCAGUCGUGCAGGAGGGGAGGAGCCAAGGAGGAAGGAGGCGACAGGUCGGGUCUCAGAGUCCAGUGGGCACAAAAUGUCAUGGAUGAUGGUGAUGACGAUGAUGAAGAUGAUGAUGAUGAUGAUGAAGAUGAGGAUGAUUAUGAAGAUGAGGAUGAUGAUGAUGAUGAGGAGGAGGAGGGGGAGGAGUCUAGUUCUGAGGAAGAGACCACCGUCACCACCCGAGUCUUUCACAGGCGCCUCAUUCUCAAGGGGGAGGAGGCCCGCCAGGCUCCUGGUGAGUCGGUGACGGAGCAUCAGUUCACCGACCAGCACGGGAAUCUGGUCACACGGAAAGUGAUCAGGAAGGUGGUGCGUCGGGUGGUGGGCGGCGGCUCGGAGAAAAACAGAAAAGAUGCCGAGGCAGGCGCUGCCGGGAAGGGCGAGGGGAGGGGCAAGCGGCAGGCGGAAAGGCCCGGAGAGCCCGCCAAUGGCAACAACAACAACAACAACGACAACGACAACGCCAAAGCGGCCAGGAAGAGUCACUCGUAACAGCCAAACUCCUGACGCCAGCAGGUCCUCUGACGUGCACCUGUGUCUCUCUCUCUCUCUCUCUCUCACACACACACACACACACACACACACGCACGCACGCACGCACACACACACACACACACACACACACACACACACACACACACUCACACACACACACACACACACACGAGCUGGGAGGGAAAAUGACUCAGCAUGGUUUUUAACAGCGAGACAAACUUUUCAUUUGGCAUGAGCAUGUCCACUAGAAGGCACUUUUUAAGGACGGUCAGGAACAACAACAACAACAACAACAACAACAACAACAACAACAACAACAACGCUCCCUCGACCUUCAAGGGUGUCACGCGACCUCGGCUCUCAGGGGCCCCGGACAGACGGAGCGGGGCCACGCCUUAUCUGGUCCUGCCGCCGUCGUUCAUUUGUUGUUUUUAGAGUCAAAACAUGAAAGUGUGAAACAAUCAGGGCUGCUUUAUGCACCGAGCUGGAACAGGACUGUGGUUUCUCCUGCAUGUGACGCCCUUUUCAUCUCAGCUUUCAAGCCAAAGCACGGGAGAGGAAGUGGCUCCUUCCUUUCACAAUAAGACAAGUGGCACAUCUUUGCAAUAAUAACACGAAUAAUAACGCAGCGCUUCAUUGGUGUGCUUCUCACUUUCAAGUGGGACUAUUUUCCUUUCUUUGGAUUGUUUUGGAUUUGACUAACAAGAGAAUCUCCACAUGUUGGACUUUUUACUGCUGUUGAAAAUCUCCUCGUCUGUUCCCGUGUCAACAUAUUUGAUUUUGAUCUUCCUUGAUGAUGACCCUUGUACGACACACACUGGAUGAUCCAAGACUUAUUUAAGCAAAAUAAAAUCUCUUUAAACUGAACACGCUCGCCUUCAUUUUCCUACCAUUUAUUGAUACCAUUUAUUGAUAUAUUAUUCAUCAAUCCACUGACAAAUUAAAACGUUUUCAAAACAAUACAAUCUAUGGAUGUUCUUGGUUUUAGCCUUUAGACCCCCAAGUCUGGUCCCAGGGUCAUAAAAAUGUAAAAAAAAAAAAAUUAAAAAAUCCUAAUUAUUCAAAAAAAAAAAAAAGUUUUAAAUUCAAAACUCAAAUCUCGAGAUCAACUUCAGAUUUAUUUGUUGAUUAAAAAAAAAGUAUUUUUUAAUGGCCUUUUUGUCAAAACCCUGAUUUUCAUGUUGAAAACACAACCUA